UUUUUACCUUCACAUGAUGCUAGAACAGUGUAUAUGUGGUGUGCUGCGCUUGAUCUGUUAUGCUGACCUAUAGCAAUUUUAAAUUAGGACCUGUGUUCUAAACUUUUAGUCUUUUUAUGUCAAGAUUUAAGGUGACGUUCAAAUGAAUCCCCUCAUGGCUAUACAGCUGGAAACAUUUUGUAUGUUUGUGUGGUGAAAAACAAGUCGGUGCAGCCCUAGACAUCAGUACACUACAUAUACAACUUACAUAAACAUGUUUUUGGCACUAAUGGAACCUCAUACAGGGAAAUAGAUUAUUUCAGGGUAACUGAAUUUCGCACAACCCGCCUCUCGCCCAGACUGCUGGAGAUAGGCACCAGCUUCUCCGUGACCCACUAAGGAAGAAGCGGAAUAGAACUGACUGAAUUUCGCACCGGAACCACAUAAGUGUUUCCGUACUGGCGGUCGGCAUUUUCAAGACACACACUGGGAAUUGUUCACCAAAGACGUUUAAAUAAAGAGCUGGAUCUUUGAAUGAAAGAGCAGUAAUCACAAUGAUGGAGCUCCCUAACUUCAGCAGCCAGCUGAUGCAGCAACUUUGGAACCUAAGGAAGGAAGGUCUGUUCUGCGACUGCACUAUCCUCGUGGGAGACAAUCCCCAUCGGGCUCAUAAAGUUGUAUUGGCUGCCUCCAGCAUGCUCUUCAGGUCUCUUUUGGAUGGCCCUGACACCAUCUCCAUUGACACCACUGUCGUUUCCUCCCAGGAGUUUGGCUCGCUAUUGGAAAUGCUUUAUACUGGCAGACUGCCUCUGGGGAAGCACAAUGCCAGCCGCAUUGUUGCCGCUGCAGACAGCCUGCAAAUGUUCGAUGUAGCUGUAGGCUUUAAAAAGGUCCUGACCACCCUCGUGAGUCAGAAAGCCACUGUUCUGAACCAUCCUAGGCAGACAACAAGCCAAGAUGAGGCCAACAAAGCCAGGAGUGAGAACCCUGAAGGUUCAGCCUCACCCAACAAGGAUAACUCAGCUUCAGAGAAGAUGGAGACAACAGCUGAGCUGCUGAACAAAUGCUGCCAUGACAACAAACAGGAUGCAGAGGAAUUGAUUUUUAAAAGAGCCUGCGAGGAGCUCUCUUACCCAUUAGAACCUGAAAAGGCCAAAACAGCUAUGAGUGCAGUAGAAAAAAACCGGACAUCAGUCACAGAGUUGUCAGGGGGACCUGCUUCCCAGCUUCUGCAGCAUUCCUCUCAGGUGGUGGAGCUCCUCGGCAACAUGCCCUCUGUCCUGGAGCUGCUGAGUCAGGCAGCACAGAGCAGUCUUGAUGAGCAGGACAGACAGGUUGUGUGUCAGUGCUAUGAGGACACAGUUGCAGGCUCAGUGUUGGAGAAGCUUAUAGGCAGAUUGAGGAAUGGAAGAAUCAGUGAGAAGUCUUUCGCUCAGCUGCUCUGGAACAUCCAGAAGAAAGCUCCUUUGACUUUUCCUGCUCUGCUGCUCCCUCUGCUGAAGCAUCUGGAUGGGAAUACACUCCAAAGUCAAGCUUGCUCUGAACAGCCAGAUGACUCUACAAAGGAAAUAAAUUUGGAGGAAAAGACAGACAUGAAAAUCGAUGAAGGACAGAGUGAUGAGGAGACACGUGUAAAUGCUGCAGCGGACUCUUCAUCGUCUGUCUCCUCCAUCUGCAAGCGCUAUCCUUGCCGAUGGUGCAAGAAGACUUUUAACUUUCAGUGCAGAAUGCUAGCCCACAUGAAGCGAUGCUACAUGUCACAGGAGUGUGAGGUGCCAUGCCCAGAGUGCCCCAAAAAACUGCCGAGUCAGCGAGCUCUGCAGCGCCACCGGGGUGAGGUUCAUCGUAACACGGCACGGGCCAAGAAAAGGGUGGCAUGUGACAUCUGUGGCCGCAAUUUUGCCCACCCAUCAGGUUUGGUUUACCAUAAACAGGCAGAGCACUUUGAAAUGAAACCAUUUGCCUGUGAGGAUUGUGGUGCAAUGUUUGGAGCCAACUCCUCUCUGAAGAACCACAUGAGGCUGCAUACAGGAGAGAAACCCUACCAAUGCCAACACUGUGACAUGAGCUUCAGUGUAGCAGCUGCACUUGCUUACCACACCAAGAAGAAACACUCUGAGGGAAAGAUGUAUGUGUGUCAGUACUGUAAGGCUGUCUUCGCCCAGUCCAUUGAGCUGACACGUCACGUACGGACGCACACUGGAGACCGGCCUUAUGUGUGUCGAGAAUGUGGGAAGGGCUACAGCCAGGCCAGCGGACUCACUGUGCACCUGCAAACCUUCCACAACCUGUCAGAACCUCAUGACUGUAAGAAGUGUUGCCUCAGCUUCUCUACCUUGGAGCAGCAUCAGCAACACAUUCAGGAGUUCCACCCAAAGGAGUUCCACAAGUGCAGCACAUGCAGCAAGGUGUUUCAGAGCGCCGCCCUGCUGGACAAACAUAGAGCAACACACUCUGGAAGCAAGCCAUUCAGCUGUCAGCUCUGCAACAAGUCAUAUCAGCAACUGUCUGGCCUGUGGUACCACAACAGAACCAACCAUCCUGAUGUGUUUGCCAGCCACACCCCACAGCUUAAGACCUUGGUCCAGUGUGAGCUCUGCUUCAAGUUCUUUCCUGAUGCUGCCACUUUGUCCACACACCAGGCCACUGAGCACCAAGCCUCAGAGUCGGCGAUUGUGUGCUGUUUGUACUGCAAGGCUGAGCUGGGCAGUGGAGAUGAAGCACAGGAGCACGUCUGCAGUCAGCCCAUCAGCCAGGGGGCGGGUGGGUUCAACUGCCCUCUCUGCUCUCUGAUCUGCGUCUCCCAGCCGGAGCUCCAGGAACACCUGCUGUCUUGUCACAUGGAUCUGGAGCCAGAGAGCACUACAGCACGAGCUGAGGGACACACCUCCACCACCUACAUGGUGACUUCAGAUGGAGAUAAAGUGGACAGGGCGGAUCCAAACAUGCUAUCUGAGGAGCAAAGCCACUUGGGAGCUGGCCAGCAUGUGCUUGUAGCUCUCAGUUGUGGAGGAGAGAGCAGAUCAUCAGGUCAGAUGGUGGAGGUGAACAUCAAUGAACUGUUGAACAGCUCCGUUGCCUUCAUAUAUGAGGACAAAAAGUCAGCUCCUAACACCUAACAAAGAAUCCCUGGGGACUCUGCUGUGGCUGUCAGCAGCUGUGUUUUAGCUGGAACAGUGUCCAGCUGUAGAAGCUGUUAUACAUAUUUAAAUGUAUUUAGUUACUGAUUACAGCAGAAUUCUGGGGCCAGUUCUGAUAUUAAGGAGCAAAGAAUGUCUUUAUUAAAUUGCAUGGAUCAGUUGUGUUCAAACUGACUAAAGGUGAGGAUCCUUAGAAUAGUUUUUGUUUCCGUGCGUUGGGAACACCACACGUUAUAUUCUAAAUCAAACCAUGAAGAAAAAUGUAUCAAUCUUUUAAUCAGAUUAUAGAAAAUUAAGAAAAAUAAACUUUGGGCUGUUUAACAAGA